AUGGCAAAAGGCAUCAUAUGGAGUCUCGUCGUGAUAUCUGGAUGCAUUAUGGGACUUGGAAUUGGUAUCAUGGUCUGGUUUGCAGUGAGGACGGACAACCCCGACAUCGAUCUUAACAGCCUGGAAUAUGCCUUGUACAAGAAUACCAUGUUCAAGGACUGCUACAACACGCCCAUGUCCAACAAAACAUAUGACUGCCUUGCUAUCAAAGCCUCUUUGCCUACGAGGAUGGGCAACACCAAAUACUUGUUCCCAUCGGUCAUUUUCCCGCGAGAUAAUAUCACCGGUUAUCUCAAUAGGGAUACAAUCUCGCACAAUGACACAGGUCAUCCUCGUUACAGCUGGUGCGAGGUAAUGAGCUGUUUCAGUGACUUCAAAGUGAUACCAUCCACGCCACGUCCAUCAGCCUUCUGGCCGACGACCCUUGGAGUAGUGAAUCAGGCUACCAUCAUUCUCUUCUUCGCUCUUUGGCGAACAAAAAACGACCAAGCGGCAUUCUACACCACUUCCCCGUGUAAGGGAAUAGAGUGGGACGACUGGCUGAUCAUGGUCUGGAAUCUCGGUUCCCUAAUUUGGUGGUGGAUUGGUCUAGGCAGAUUUCUCAACCAUCCCGAUCAUUACCCUGCUCCUUUUGUUUUGGGGUGGAUGUCGCCAUGGAGAUAUUGCGACGCCAUAAACCACCAUCCUUAUGCUUGUGCCCUCAAACCUUCUCGAAUAACAGCACGAAUCACAAGACUGACACUCUCCACGUUGGUGGUUAUCCAAUGGGCAUUUUCAAUCUACAUCCUGGGAUAUAUGACCCGAUUCGCUUUUGGGCGUGGAUAUCUGCCCCAUCCUGCAUACGAGUGUCUCGCUUCUCACAUCCCAGAUGCACCAGGAACCUCGUCAUGCUCAUCAGAGCAACUUUGCUCCAACGAGCCUAUUUUCUAUCCUUUGAGCCCGGAUAGAGGAGAGACAUCUGAUCCGAUGCUUCUUCUUUCUCUUUUCUUUGUGUGUUUUACUAUUGGGGCAAUUCCAUAUUGGAGUUUUGGAGUUACAAACUGGUGUCUCCGUUUGAGGAGAUCGCAGAACGCUCAGAUAUCUAGUGAGCUUCUUGCUUUACUCACCGCUCUUAUGGGUGCGAGUUGCCUACUCCUAGUUGCUGGUCUUGUUUUUCUACCUCAAGCCGAGGUGCUGAGAUAUCCUCCUACGGGCCCUGUCACAAUUGAUUGGAAAUGCAACGCCUUGCAUGUCAAUCUGAGCCCAGGCAGGUUUUACCUGGAUGUGGAAUAUCAGCUACCAGUGCGAAUAGCCAAAAUGUGGUUCAAUGCAUGA